CAACAGAUCGUUUUGGAACACACGAAUCCCUUCAAUUCAACUGGAAAGCUGCAGCUUGUUGCACGCCGGCCGCAUAUGGAGAGGAAAAGCUUUCAAUCCAGAGAGGGCACCAACCAUACGGCAGGCGAAAGUGGCUGAUGUUGGGACAGUUUCUCAGAGGAAAAGAAAGAGAGGGAGAGAAACCACAACACUGCAACUUGGAUAUCAGUAACCGCGCGCUCUCUCUCUCUCUCUUUAACUCUCUCCCCCACCAAAUCGACUUUGAACCUGUUUGUUUAAAUACACGGACUUUACAGCCUGCACACUUACUGUUGAUUCUGUAAGGCGGUGGGAGCGAAGUUUCUCUAUUUGAUUCUAUUUUUUUGGAGCCGCUAAAAACUUUCUGGUGUCCUCAUGGUGCCCGGUGCAGCCGAGGCGCCGAGCUUCUUUUCUCCGAGCAUUUCGGAUGUGAUGUUUCGACUGUCACGGACGAUGGAGUCGGGAACUGAACCGGUGAGGUACUGAAGACAUCUCUCUCCCAAGGGAGAGUUCUCCCUCCCCCCCCCCCGGGGCGAUGCGGAUCUCCUUCUUCCUUCUCACCGCCUCUCUGUGUGCCUUGGUCCUCCUCCUCGCACCUGCCUCGGAGGGCUGUGGGCCGGGGAGGGGGUACGGCAAGAGGCGGCUCCCGAAGAAGCUCACGCCGCUUGCCUACAAGCAGUUCAGCCCCAACGUCGCCGAGAAGACCCUGGGAGCCAGCGGGCGACCCGAGGGCAAAAUAACGCGCAGCUCCGAGCGCUUUAAAGAACUGACGCCAAAUUACAACACCGACAUUAUCUUUAAGGAUGAGGAGGACACGGGCGCCGACAGGCUCAUGACCCAGCGUUGCAAAGACAAGUUAAACUCUCUGGCCAUCUCCGUGAUGAAUAUGUGGCCCGGUGUGAAGCUGAGAGUGACAGAGGGCUGGGAUGAGGAUGGCCAUCAUUCAGAGGACUCACUGCACUACGAAGGACGUGCUGUUGACAUCACUACGUCCGACAGGGACAGAAAUAAGUAUGCCAUGCUGGCCCGGUUGGCUGUAGAAGCUGGAUUUGACUGGGUCUACUACGAGUCCAAAGCCCACAUUCACUGUAGCGUCAAGUCAGAACAUUCUGUGGCAGCCAAAACUGGUGGUUGUUUCCCUGGCGAUGCUCAGGUCAUUCUCGAGGGCGGGGCUACUAAACAGAUGCGUGACCUUCAACCUGGUGACAGUGUUUUAGCUUCCUCAACAACAGAUGGCCACGGUCCUUUUCUCUACAGCCCAGUCUUAUCCUUUUUGGAUCGCCAGCCCAACGUCACAAAGAUCUUCUACGUCAUUGGCACUGACACCGGGCUUAAUAUUACGCUCACAGCAGCUCACCUGAUCUUUGUCACAGACUGCAUCACUGAGGAGAGUGAGCUAGGGUGGGAGGAGACAGUUGAAGAGCCACUUUUGGGCUCUAAACCGGUGGGAAGGCGUAGCUGGGGAGCAGGUCUGAGGACAGUCUUUGCCAGUGAGGUCCGCCCAAGACAGUGCGUACUUGCGCUGCAAGGGAAGGUGGGGUCACAGACAACUCUUUCAGUUGUGACCUUUGUGGAGGAGCAGAGGAGCACCGGACUGUAUGCCCCACUCACCCAGCAUGGGUCUAUAGUGGUGAACGGUGUGCUGGCAUCCUGCUAUGCUGCUGUGGACAACCACCAUUUGGCCCACGGGGUCCUGGCCCCACUGAGAUUCUUCUACAGCCUGAUAGGGCCUUCAGAACCGCAGACUGACGGGCUGCACUGGUAUUCUUGGCUUCUACAGAAGCUAGGGCAAUUGCUGCUGGAUGCUGGACACUUCCACCCCUGGGGGAUCGAGCAAAGACAUAGAUAGGAGCCACAGAUACAUGUUUCACACUGACGACUUUCAUUUAGUUACCUGUAUUCAGGAGCACCAAAGCACAGAACACAGCUGUUUCUCUCAACAGAAGGAAGCAAUUGAUGGACCACCAAAGACAAUUGAUUUAAUAGUGGAAAUGUAUUUCCUGCCAACUCUACUUGCCUGUAUUUGCUGUACUUCAACAAACUCUGUUUUGUUUUGUAGUAAAGUUGUGCAAGAGACAAAUAGAGGAGACUGAGAUGAUUAACUUUAGUCUUUUAAUAAUGACAAGAGACUGAGGUGUGCAAGAAAGUCAGCAUAAAUCAAAAUAAAAAUAAAAAUUCUAGCUUGAAUACCAACAUAAAUGCUGGCUUAAGUAUCACAACCGUUCAGUCCACUCACCUUAGAGACUGUGACUCAAAACGAAAGCUUUGAUUAAAUCAAAAAAAGUUUGUAGUUAUGUUAGACAAUCAGGUUUCAUCAUUCCUUUGUACUGUAUUUACCGUAAUUUGUCAACAUUUCUGCGUUUUGAGAUCAAGCUGGGGCAUACUGAUACAGUUAGAAGAAAUUUUAAGUAUCAUGAAGAGAAACUAGGGACAAACCAAGGUGCGAUUUGAAGCUCUGUAUGUACAUAGGCAUUUAUAGAGUUAAUUUAUGUUAAGGAGGAAAGAAAGGCAACAAAUUAACUUUGUUCUGUUUACUGUCAAAAUCGUUAUUGCAGUAAAUCCACUGAUUCUUUAGUCCUCUCUAUAGAUCCUAUGCUGUAUAUUAGAAUGAAUUUAAAAAAUAAUAUUUUAACUCAAAAAGUUAAAAGGCUCAUUAAAAUGUGGAUGGUGAGGUUCUAUGUAUUUACUGAAUGCAGUGUAGCAGUGUGCUGGUGUUGCACUGUAGCUUCACAUCUGAAAAGGGCUUUGUUGGAACACUAUUGAAUGGGAAUGAUGAUGAUGGACGUGAUAAAUGUGUUGCAGUGUUUUUAGUUCAACUUAACAAAAUUUGUGAAGUACUGAUGCGGGAUAGAUGCAUGGUGCUGGAGCGGCCAGCUUGUCACCUUGUUCUUCCAAGUCUGCCAUCUGCUUUCAUUCAACUUGAUUGUCUCAGACUGAUUCCUACGGUUCAUUUAUACAUCUUUAUGUUGUUAUCAGGUAUUUUGUGACAUGUUUUUCAUUGUUUCAGGUUUUCAGUUUUCAGGUCAGUAGUAUCUAGUUAAGGCAUACACAACACUCAGGCUGUAUUCAACUACUGUAUUAAGCAACAGCUAUGCAUCACGAUAAGUAACAGUUAUCUUUAAUCUUGAUAGCUCUCCUUUAAAUUAUUCUUUUUUUUGUAUCCCAUCUAUCACCCAUGACUUAGAUUAGCAUUGGUACAGAAAAUCUAAUUUUUUUUUUUAACAUUAUGAGAAGCAAGUCUAACCUUGUGAUAUGUGGCUGAAAGAAUAUGGAUACAAAUGUAGCUCAUAUUGCCCAAGUUUCCUUCAGGAAACACUUGUUGAGCAUCUUUGGUGAAGACUCAAACAUUGCAAUUAUGUAGGAACUCCAAGGCUUCCUUCUAUAUGCCUGCUCAAAGAUUUGUUAAAUAUGUAUAUUAAGCUAUUGUUGGAGAGACUAUUUAAAGAUCUAUUUUUAGAAAAUAAUGUAAACUAUUCUUAUUUUUGGCAACUCUGUGCAUACAAUUUGUAUUUGAAUCAUAAAGUUGUUUUUAAAGCAAAAAUUACUACU